AUUUUUAUGUGUCACAUCAUCGUCGAUACUGAAGACACUAUGGCAUACUUUGCACUAAUACUGCUGCUCUCUAGUUGUACAUUUAACCUACUGUUUGUACUGCUUUUUGCGGCGUGAUGUCAUUAUUUCAAUCGCAAUGUCUGCUAAAGAAUUUGUUGCGGUAUUACCAGAAAAGAAAAUACGUUUCAGAUCAACAGCAAAAAUUCAUUACAGUAAUGAAAACAAAGUGGAAGAUCAUAUACGGAGUACAGAUCUUAGAAGUAAAUUGGAUGUCAACAGAGGGGUACGAGAGACAGAAGAGUUGAAGACAAAGGAUGCGGAAGAUUCGGAUACUGUGGGGCAGCCAUCACUGUUAAAAUUUCUUGGUGUUGAACUAACCCGUGGGUACAUGCUUGAGCAUGAUGAAGAGAGGUAUUCAGCUCGAAGAGAGAAAGUGUAUUCCUUCAUGAAAAUUCCUCGUGAAGUUGAAAAAUUCAUGGCAUAUGGGUUCUUUCAGUGUGCAGACUCUUUUCUGUUUGUUUACACCUUCCUACCAAUGAGAUUUGUUUUGGCACUUUGGGCAGUGGUUAGUCGACCCAUUCGAGAAUGUUUUGGGAUGCAGAAAUCUAAAUCAAAGAGUGUCUUGAAACCAGCAGAGAUCUGUGACUUGUUGAAGGCUUGCAUCCUGAUUGCGUGCAGCAUGAUAAUGUCUUACAUUGAUACAUCAAUGAUGUACCACUUGAUCAAGAGCCAGUCUGUUAUUAAGCUCUACAUCUUUUAUAACAUGCUUGAGGUUGGUGAUCGAUUGUUCUCUGCAUUUGGACAGGACACUAUAGAUGCUUUAUUUUGGACUGCUACAGAACCACGAGAUCGCAGGAGACAACAUCUUGGAGUAAUACCACAUCUGUUCUUUGCUGUGGCAUAUGUCUUUUUGCAUAGUGUAUUGGUACUGUUCCAAGCAACGACUCUGAAUGUUGCCAUCAAUUCAAAUAAUAAGGCACUGUUGACUAUCAUGAUGUCCAACAAUUUUGUGGAGCUGAAGGGAAGUGUUUUUAAGAAGUUUGACAAGAACAACUUGUUCCAAGUGUCAUGCAGUGAUGUGCGGGAACGUUUCCACCUAUUUGUGUUGCUGUUCGUUGUGGUGUUGCAGACUAUGAAGGAGUACUCGUGGAAGGAAGAGAGGUUCUGGAUUCUGAUGCCAGAUUGCUUAAUGGUACUGUUUGCUGAGGUGCUAGUGGAUUGGAUCAAGCAUGCCUUUAUUACACGCUUUAAUGAGUUACCAGUGGAUGUGUAUCGGGAUUAUACCAUCAGUCUGGCGUAUGACAUGGCUCAGACACGACAGAAACAUGCAUUCUCAGAUCACUCUGAUCUGGUAGCACGUCGCAUGGGAUUCAUACCACUUCCUUUGGGUGUAGUGAUGGUACGUGUAUUAUGUCAUGCUCUGCAUUUGGAUGGACCAGCAGCUGUAGUUCUGCUCAUUAUGUUGUACCUGUGCCUUGCUUCAUUCCGUGUCCUCAACAGUGUGGUGAUACUUGGCAUAGCAUGCAACCUCAUAUCUCAGCAUCAGCAAGAGAAGGCAGCAGCUGCAGUAAGUCCGGCUUGGAGCCGAGCUACAAGCCCCAUCAAUGGCCGACCGCACCAUCCUGCAUCCUGCGUUGUUCGUGACCCGAGCAAGGAUAUGCGGGACCAGACCACGAGCCCGACGCGCGUAUUUGGUUCAUCCAAGUUUGGGUCUCCCUUGCAGCGCUCCGUCACAGUCGAUCUGGUGCCUUUGUCCGAUGAGAAUGAAAAACCUCCGGACUGUGCCCUUGGUCCUGCUGCCAUCUUCUCCAACAGUGCAGUGAGUAUCAACAAUGUAUGUCUCAAUGAAGAGCUUUUAAAAGCAGAGGAAGAGACUGAAGAGGAGAAGGAAGUGUCUGACGUCAAUGAGUGUAUGACAAGAAGUGUGCCCAACAUUCAUGCCAACGUUGACAGUGAAACCAAAGAAACUUUUACGCAGGAGAUCUCUUCUUCAUUUGCAAAUGAAGACUUUGGAAAGAAGAGGGCUGAAUCUGAGCCGUCAAUCCCACAUCUAGUCAAAUCAGAACGGACUGGCCCAUCACCUCCUUGACAGUGAAUCCGUGCCUUUUUAACUGUUAUUGUGCUCUGCGUCGUGCUGUGCGAAGGUAAGUGUCAGAUCACAAAUGAGGCCUGUUCUUCCAAAGUAACCAAAGUAAUUGGUUCUGCUAAUGAUGUCUGAUGACAUUACGUACUUUGUUUAGUGUCUGACUUUUUUUUCUGAAAUGAAGAGGCUUUAUUACGGUUGUUUUAAGAUUACUUGGUUUUGUAAUUUUCUUAAAUGGGGGUGAUCAACCAUUUGCCUCCACAUUUUCUUGAUAACUGUGUUCCAGCUAACUAACUAAAAAUAAACUGCAUGAUGCAGAGGUCUCCUUCAGCAGCUGAUACUUUGCUCAGCUAGUCAAAAAAUUCCCUGAAGUUUCAUUAACAAUACCAGUCCAUAUCCUGAGCCAGACGAUUCUGAUCCACAACUUUCCACCCUGUUUCUCUAAUGUCCAUUUUAAUAUUGUAAUAUUAUAUGCAUAUGUCGGUUCACUGUCUGCCUUUCUUCCAUUCAUUUAAGUCCAGCUGUUAUCUCAGCUCACAUGCUAGAGUUAUUUUAAAAGGUUUAGAAAAAUAUUGGUUCUCUUACUUUUAUCUCAUGUGAGUGUAGUGUCAUCUUUUAAUAGCCACCCAACAUUCUAAUUAAAUUUGACUUUAUAAUUAAACAUUUUGUAAUCAAGCCUCUGUAUAUUGAAUUUUGUAAUCGACUUCAGAACUCAAUAGAGUGGUGGAGUACUUCCACCAGUAUUGAAGGAGCAGCUGCAUUCUGUGAUUCUCUUAAUAAAAGAUUUUGCAAAGUCAGGAUUAGGUUGUGGAUUCGUAUAUAUAAUUGGUUGGGUUGCGCAUCAUGCCGUGUUAACUUUUAGUUGUACGUUGUGUAAAUAUGUAUUGUGUUCUUUUUUUGUAUUAAUUACUACAGCAUGUUGAGUAUGCUGGUAAUCUUCAGGCUUGUUUCUUAUAUCUAGACAACCAUUAUUCAUCAGUUCCCAGUUCGUUAGUCAAAAUAAUUUUUCUCAUUACCUAAUGGAUUAUGCCAAUGACCUUUUCCAGGUUCAGAAUUCCCAUCGUUUUCAUGUUCUACUACAGUCUCUUCUCCCUGUUGGUUUGUAUUGAGCCUCUUUUGGAUCGUUAGUCCAAAUUAAUACAUACAGUGAGCCAUAGCCAAGUUAUGUUGAUUCUAAUCUUCAAAGGAAUUAAUUUUUGCGUAAGUGAUACUAGAUUUUUGUGCUUAUAAUUCUUUUGAAGAGGAAACAUUUGGUAUGAAAAUAUAUCUUAUUUUUAUAACUUUGUCAUAUAACAUUCAGAACUGAAUGAGCUGUCAGCAUUAAUAAGCUGGCAUACUUGUUUAAAAAGAAUUCAACUGAUAGCAUUCCUCAGUAAAAUGGGUCAGAUAUGUAUCAUACAGGAAGUCCCCCAGUUAUGAACAGACGAGUAACUGAUAUCUGUACAUAAGAAUGAAGCCACUGAAUACCUUAAUAUUUAAAUAAUUUGGUUAUGUGAAGACCAGUUCGUACAUUCAGACCACUUAUCACAAUCGGCAACUUCUUGCAACAGCGGAGUAUAGUUUCUGCUCUCUACUGGUAUGUUCUGUGUGUAGUGGUCCAGAAAGUAGUGUUCUGCCUCUUCACAUUUCCCCGAAUAAAACUUUUUGCUGAAGAAAGAUCACUUUCAAUAAAAGAUGGGACUGAUAGCAUUCAAAUAAACCAUAGAAAAUUGUUAUAUUGUUUUGUUACUGUUAUUAGGACAGUAUUACUUUCUGCUAUUAUUAAUUUUAAAUUAACUGUAUUAAAUGUAAUUUAAUUUAAUUAUGGGUUAAAUUUGUAACUUGGUGACUUCUUGUGUAUAUAAUAUGCUUUUUACAAUAAAACAUGGAGAACGA